GUUGAUGUUGUUGUUUUCGCUCGCUAAUGUCAUAGUGAAUUGUGUGGAGUGGGUUUAAUUUUUAACUUUUGCGUAUUAUUGUUUCGUUAAUAUCUCAGGAACCAAAAAAGGAACAGUUAAUUAAUAUUCGCAUCGUUCGGUGAACGAGUGAGUGGAAUUUCCGUUGUUUGCACGGGUUACCUCAGGACGGUGAGUGCGAGUGGAGAGUGGAGUGAGCUCGUGCCACAACACAACAACGCACAGCACUGCAGCGUAUCCGUGUUCAGCCCGCGCGACUCGGCUGCUUAGUAGUUUGGCGCCUCAGAGCAGCGUGAGCCAUCAUGUCGGACUCGAUGUCGGAGAGCAGCGAGCGGAGCGCCGAGGAGGACGAGCUGACCCCGGCGGAGCUCAUCGCCAGACUAGAGGAGGCGUGGAUGAACGAGAAGUUCUCGCCGGAACUGCUGGAGAACAAGUCUGAGAUAGUGGAGUGUGUGAUGGAGCAGCUCACUCACAUGGAGGAGAACCUGCAGCGGGUGAAGAAGGGGGAUAUCAAGGCCAGCAUCCACCGCAUGGAGAUAGAUAGGAUCCGCUUUGUCCUGAGCAGCUACCUCCGCUCCCGUCUGCAAAAGAUAGAGAGGUUCUUCCCUCAUGUGCUGGAAAAGGAAAAGUCCCGUGCAGAAGGUGACCCAUCAUUUCUUUCCCCAGAGGAGUUUGCUUUUGCCAAAGAAUAUCUGGCAAACACAGAAACGUACCUGAAGUCCGUGGCUCUCAAACACAUGCCUCCCAAUCUCCAGACUGUGGACAUGGUGAAAGCAGUGCCUGAGCCUUGCCUGGACUCAUUUGUGUUCCUGAGGGUCCGUGAGCGACAAGAGAACAUUCUGGUUGAGCCUGAGACAGAUGAGCAGAGGGAAUAUGUCAUUGACCUGGAGGAAGGCUCCCAGCACCUGAUGCGAUAUUGCACUAUAGCGCCACUGGUGGCCAGUGGCGCAGUGCAGCUUAUAUAAAAAAAGGCUGCUCCUGGACUUCUAUUGCCAUGAGACCAGUUAAUAUCUAAUAGAAACAUCAGCUGUGGUCCUGCUACUUCCCCAGCAGGUUCAGAGCCAUGUUCUUCUGACUGAAGGAGAGGAUGGAUACCUAUCAGAAAAAGGGUAUGGGGUAUGGCAUCUGACCCAUUCUCAGUUCAAGGUUUUAAUCACUAGCAAAACCUGACACUCCCAGAUGAAUUCAUUAAAUACCACUGUCCCUGAAUGUGUGUUUGUCAGUUUGGAAUCAUCAAUAAGGAAUGUAGGAAGCAGAGGUGAGAUUGUGCAAUAUGUAAUUCAUGUAUUGUAGUAAUUUGCAUCUGAGCAGGCAAAUGUGAAUGUCUCUGGUCACGUACACAAUUUGCCAACCUACAUUUUGCAAGAGUUUGAGAUGGCUUUACCAGGUA